AUGUAUGUAGAGGAUCAUAAAAAACGGGAUUCACUUGUCGCUCUUUUGUUGAAACAACCUCCUUCACGCACCUUGGUUUUCGUAAAAUCUAAACGUGGCGCAGAUUCGCUUGAUGAUUUCUUGUAUUCACAGAAUUUUCCAACCACAAGUAUUCACGGCGAUCGUACACAACAAGAACGUGAAGAUGCGAACGGUCGAUGUCCUAUUUUAAUUGCUACAGCUGUUGCUGCUCGUGGGCUUGAUAUCAAAAAUGUAAUGCAUGUUAUUAAUUAUGAUCUUUGUGAUGAUAUCGACGAAUAUGUUCAUCGCAAUAAUAAGGGUACGAAACAAUGGGAUAAUAACGACCAAAGGCAGUGGAAUAACAAUAGCCAGAGGCCUUGGGACAAUAAUAACCAACAAUCUUGGGGAAACCAACAGCAAGAUUCGACCUGGGGAGAUAAUCAAAACCAGCUUUUAAAACCGCAGUCUCAAACAACCUCAUCAACGGUAUUUUAUGUUAACGUUGCUAGUAACGAUAACUGGUCAAAUCCGCCCACCGCUCAGCCUACAUAUCAGUAUCCAUCUAUGCCUCAUACACAAUCUAAUCAAUCUCAAUAUGCAACAUCUACAUAUAAUCAGCCAAUUCCUUCACAACCUCCGUAUGUCGGAGCUCAACCUGUAGUUAAUCUUCCAAAGAAUAGUCAAUUCAAUCAACCCACACAACCAUCAUUUGCACAUCCCUCACAGCAGCAAAACUUUGGUGCUAACUAUAAUAAUCCUGCGUCUAACGGACCUGAACAAAAUGAUUACUAUAAUAAUAAUAAUACUUCAUUCGAUGGUUGGGGAAAUACUGAUACUCGGGAUGCACCAAAAAAAGAGUGGGAUCCAAAUAAUCCUCCUUGGGUCAAAUAA